AUGGAUAACCAGAUGACAUCGGCUCCGAGCGACAUGAGCGAUGAGCUGAAGUCUGCAAUCACUGCUGAAAUUCGCGUACAGAUUGUGCCGGUUGUGAAGGAGCUCGUACGCGAAGUGGUCAGUGAAUUUCGUACAGUCAUUGCGGAUAUGGUCAAACCGCUCCACGAGGAUAUGCAUAGAUUUCACGGCCACAGUAUGACACCAAACGCUUUGCUGCCGGAGAAUGCAGGAAUUUAUGUGAGUGGAUCACCUUCAGUGAAUGAUACACAAGGCGGCCAGGAGAACACCGGUGAGAACUGCGAACAUCUUGCCAUAUCUCCUGCAUCGAUGAACCGUUCAAAGGCGGAGCCACGAGAGCCACGGGCACAGUCGUCGACCAGCGAUUGUCCAGCAUUUAGUUUCAUUUAUUACAAUACAGCAUGUCUUAUUCCGAUUCCUACGCUGCUGCAUCCUGGAAGAUUUGCGGCGCACAUGAAGUCACGCAAGUAUUUCGUCAAAGACGGGAAAAUCACAGGACGCAUUCGACAGUUUGGGCAAGUUUGCCACCUGCUUCAAGACUACGACCACAUUCUGCACCGCCAGUAUUACUGUCAUGGAAACACAAUUGGUCCAGCAACAAUCCGUAAAAAUAUAUGGUAUUUGACAAGUAAAGUAAACCUGAGUGAAGUGGUGGGAUGCUCCUUGGUUUCUUAUGAAAUUGGUGAUAAUGUUACCGUAAAAGUCUCGAAAGUACGCUACAAAUCGGAGAUGCCAGUGAAAGAAGAGAUACCUGCAGAAGAGAUGGAUGUUAGUGUUGUGCUGAAUCCGAACGCUGAGCUUCAGAGGUUUGUGGAUAGUAUGGAACCGCUACAGGCGUUACCUUGA